AUGUCACACUACGAAGGACAAAUUGUAAAUUCAUUUUAUGAUUGCUUCUUAAUAUCCUGGUGGUCCCAUCCAUUUACUCCACCGUUGCCUUGUCUGAAAGAUCGUGUACUUGCAGAUGACAAUCGGAAUAAAAGCAAUUUUCAGUUUGGCGAUGAUAGUCCUACAACGAAGUUUAUAAAAAAUCAAACAUUGUAUGCCGUAGCUCGUGCACGUCAGAUAUUACAAAAUCAUACAAAUUUGGAUGAAACAGAAUUCAUUUACGAACAUGAUAAACUAGAAAAUGUUAGUAAAGCUGAGAAAGCUAAAGAAUUUCAUAAAGUUGUUGAACAAGUUAUGAGAGUGCAUAAAGCACUACAACAAGAAAAAGAAUCGCCACUAACACAACAUUUUAAUAGUGUAUCAAAAUAUCCUUGUGCAAUGUCGAGUGAAAUCUCAUCGCCAGACUUAGAAUUACUUGCAAUUGAUUUUUGCCCAUUCAUAUUUCAUCAGCCACAUGAGCCAUUUCCCAUUGCACUCGUUAAUCGUCUUCCAUCAGGUACACCAGGACAUGAAUCAAAGCAAGUACCACAAAAUGCAGCAUGGCUCGGAGCAUUUAAAUAUGCACAACGAAACAUUUUUAUUCAAAGUCCAACAUUGAAUGCAUCAUCAGCUAUUAAAGCAAUUCUUGAAGCAUGCAGACGUGGUAUAAAAGUUGAGUUAUACCUCGACUUAGGAUUCAACGAUUUAGCUGAAGGAUAUUUUCCAUUUCAAGGUGGAACAAACGAACAUGUAGUACGAAGUUUAUUUAAGGAGUUAAAGAAGGAUAGAAAGGAUGAUGUGGUAAAUAACUUAGCAGUUUAUUGGUAUGUUGGAAAAGGUAUGUAA